CUGACUUCACUCCGACGUUACUCUGUGCAGCAGCUGUGUGACACCAUUACUCCUGUAAUAAACUCCACUUAGGUUAAAACUUUUUUUCUUAUUUCUUUUAAAAUUAUAGAAAAUCUGGGGGUUUUGGUUCGUUUUUGAGUGGCAGCCAUGAUCAGCCGCAACUUCAAGAAUGUGUUGGUGGUCUCUGUUGGGUUUCUGUCUCUGUUCACGGCUUACGGAGGCCUGCAGAGUUUACAGAGCAGUCUGAAUGCAGAGCAGGGGAUGGGCGUGGCGUCUCUGAGCGUCAUCUACGCCUCCAUCAUUGUCUCCUCCAUGUUCCUGCCUCCCAUCAUGAUCAAGAACCUGGGCUGUAAAUGGACCAUCGUUGUGGGCAUGGCCUGCUACGUCUCCUACUCCUUUGGAAACCUCUACCCUGGAUGGUACACCCUCAUCCCCACCUCGGUGAUCUUGGGUUUGGGUGGCUCUCCUCUGUGGUCGGCUAAAUGCACCUACCUGACCAUCUCCGGUAACAUUCAGGCUGCCAAGGACGGCAACAAAGGAUCUGACGUCAUCAACCAAUACUUUGGCAUCUUCUUUUUCAUCUUCCAGUCGUCGGCUGUGUGGGGAAACCUCAUGUCGUCGCUCAUCUUUGGACAGGACACCAACAUAGCUUACAUCCCAGAUGAGCAGCUAGCGUCCUGUGGAGCGGCUGAUUGCGGCCUCAAUAUCAGCGUCAACGGCACGACCACCAGACCUGCUCAGAAGCUGGUGUGGACACUCGUUGGAUGUUACAUUGGCGUGGGUGUGCUGGCCAUGAUCAUUGUGGCAGUGUUUCUGGAUAACAUCGAUCGGGACCAGUCCAGCCACUUUCGUGAGAACCGGGAGCCGUUCUGCCACACCUUCAUGGCCACGUUUAGACUGCUGAAGGACUGGAGGCUGGUGACCCUCAUCCCUCUCACCAUGUACAGCGGCUUCGAGCAGAGCUUCCUCAGUGGGGAGUACACUAAGAACUACGUGACGUGUGCUUUGGGAAUCCAUUUCGUUGGAUAUGUGAUGAUGUGUUUUGGAGCCGCUAACUCUCUUUGCUCCUUUCUCUUUGGGAGACUCGCUCGUUACACCGGGAGAGCCGCACUAUUCUUUUUUGCUGCACUCACCAACUUAGCUUCUAUCAUCGCUCUCUUGUACUGGAGGCCUCAUCCCGACCAGCUGCCUGUCUUCUUUGUGUUUCCUGCUCUGUGGGGUAUGGCAGACGCUAUCUGGCAAACUCAGACCAAUGCUCUUUACGGCGUCCUCUUCCCCCGGGACAAAGAGGCAGCGUUUGCCAACUACCGUAUGUGGGAGUCACUGGGUUUCGUCAUCGCCUUCGCCUACAGCACCUUCUUGUGCCUGGAGUAUAAACUGUACAUUCUGCUGGCUGUUCUGGUGCUGACUCUCAUCACCUACCCCAUAGUGGAGUACAAUGAACACAAGAAUCCCACACCGCCCAUUGAGGACGGGACCUACGAAACUCCCAAGGAGACCACUGAAGCAUAUGAGCACAAGACCACUUGCCAGACAGCAUUGUAGAGACUGGAUUUCUUCUUGGUUUUACAUUCUGCCUGGCCAUUAGGCUGCAAAUUAAGUGCCUGAUACUGAUGCCAGUGUGUUUAAAGUACUCUGAGUAAACUCAAAAAUAUGCCAUGAGAAUGAUGAAACUUCAAGAACCAGUCCAAACUGCACACUGACAAUGCUUGCACUGUAAAACUGGAUAUUUGACUAGACACGUUUUUACUUUUUUUUUUUGUUUGUUUGUUUGAGAAUAUUUUGUAUUGUGUCAUUUAUUCACCUGAAUCUGAAAAUGCAGGUUAUGUAUAUACAAGGCUAAAUACAG